AAACUAAAUUACUGAGCAGACAUCGGAAUCGGACAGUGUCCUCUUUCCUCGCCGAUCUCUCUCUCUCUCUGUUCUUCCCUCUGAUCUCUCCGAUCUCAGACAAACCGCGUCUUGAUUUCAAGAACCUCCAAGUCUCUUUGCUCAAAUUGUAAUCUUCUCUCGCGGUAUAGGUUUCUGAUUAUUGCUUGCUUCUUCUUCUCUUCCGAUUCGCUAAGAGAUUGGAUCAUCUCUGUGUUCGACAUUGUUGUUGUUCUGCAUGAUGGGUUUAGGAUUUGGAUUAGGUCAAAGUGGAAACGGAGAAGCUAGAGAUACGACCUUAUAUAGUAACUAGCUAGAAUCUUUCUUAUGGUGUUGAAUGCCGAAAAUGCGGUUGAAUCAUUAAGGAAACAAUGACUAGUUUCACCAAGAGUUCGUCAUUCAAUAGAAGGGCAUUAAGUUCCUUAGCUAUAGAAAGCCCUAGGAACUCUUCUUCAAGUGCCUUUACUAGUCCCAUUGGCUCAGCUUUCGCAAGCCCGAGAUCACAGAACUUUGGAGGAAGUCCACGCCCGUCUACUAACCGGUUAAAAGAGAUUUCAUACUUGUUUCAGGUGCUUAUUAUCGCCGGAACAAUAGUUUCGUUUCUUGUUAUCAUCGCUGGGGGUUAUUUGUAUGUUGUUCCUAGCCUCGGCCAAACGUUCUUGGGUUAUAAUGGAGCAUUGCUGCUUAACAGCUCUGUUACAGAGAAUAAGGAAUGUGACAUAUUUGAUGGGAAUUGGGUUGUUGAUGAAAACUACCCGUUGUAUAAUGCUUCAGAAUGUCCAUUUGUAGAGAAAGGAUUCAAUUGCUUAGCGAAUGGGCGUGGGCACGAUGAGUAUUUGAAGUGGAGGUGGAAGCCUAAGCAUUGUACGGUUCCGAGAUUUGAAGUACGUGAUGUAUUGGAGAGGUUAAGAGGUAAAAGGAUAGUUUUUGUGGGAGAUUCGAUGAGUAGAACGCAGUGGGAGUCUUUGAUUUGUAUGUUAAUGACUGGGUUGGAAGAUAAAAGCAGUGUUUAUGAAGUCAAUGGGAACAUUAUAACGAAAAGGAUACGGUUUUUAGGUGUGAGGUUUAGUACCUUCAAUUUUACAAUUGAGUUUUACCGAUCGGUAUUCUUAGUUCAGCCUGGGAAGUUGCGUUGGCAUGCGCCAAAACGUGUUAAGUCAACGUUAAAGUUAGAUGUUUUAGAUGUUAUUAAUCAUGAAUGGAGCACAGCGGAUUUUCUCAUAUUCAAUACUGGUCAAUGGUGGGUGCCUGGGAAGCUUUUCGAAACUGGUUGUUAUUUUCAGGUUGGAAACUCACUGAGGCUCGGAAUGUCGAUUCCUGCAGCGUAUAGAGUAGCAUUAGAAACAUGGGCAUCAUGGAUGGAGAAUACAAUUGAUCGAAACAAAACACGGGUUUUGUUUCGUACAUUUGAGCCUUCGCACUGGAGUGAGCAUAGAUCAUGCAAUGUGACAAAGUAUCCAGCGCCAGACACUAAAGGAAGAGACAGAAGCAUAUUCACUGAAAUGAUCAAAGAAGUAGUAAAGAACAUGACAAUUCCAGUAUCAAUAUUGGAUGUAACUUCGAUGUCAGCAUUUCGAAGUGAUGGUCAUGUCGGCUUAUGGAGCGAUAAUCCGUUGGUACCUGAUUGUAGUCAUUGGUGUCUACCCGGAGUACCUGAUAUCUGGAAUGAAAUCUUGCUCUUUUUCCUCUUUAGACAACAAGUUCAGUAAAAUGGAUACUUUUGUUGCAACAUAGAAAAAGAUUAACAAGACCCUCGAAGACUGUAUGUAAUUGCUCCUGUUUCUUCUGGGAGCUAAAGACAGAUUAAGGGGUCUCAAAUUUUGGUGAAAGUUAUUAAAGUUGAUUCUUAAUUCAUUCUUUUAUUGUUUAUUCUACGUUCUUCUUUUAUUGUAUUAUCGAUUCAAAGAGAGUAAGAGGAUCAUGUUCAAAGCUGAAACAGUUUUGUUCCCCAAACUCUGUUGGUAUAAAAUGGUUUGAUUAGUGUUCUUCA